CUGAAAGUCAGUCGCGUGCGUACCAUCGUUGGAUACGGAUCUUUCAUUCUUCAUUCGUUCUCUGUUGGGUCUCUGUUCGUUCUCCGAUUAACUCGGGACACAUUCGGGAAACAUGCUGAAGUCUUACCCCGCGCGAUAUCCUACUAGCGGAGCUAGAACUGGUACUCGAGUGAUUCGUUUGACGGUGGAUCAGGAAGUAGUUCUUCAAGAGCAGUUUAACAGAUGGCCAAGAGCACCUCAUACUGCGGACGUUGUACUUCUCGCAGCUGAAACAGGUCUUUCCGAGGCGGACGUUGAAGGAUGGUACGCUAUCAGAUUGGCUCAAUGGCGGAAAGAACAGGGUCUCGGCGGGAAUCUGGGCAUACAUUGAUGAUCGUACGAGAGCUAUGUGCACUAAACUCUCGUCUCACUUUUGUACCUGAAACUCUUAUACGUAUAUGGGCAGAUGUAAUGGAUCGAUAGCAAAUUAUGAUAGCAAUGUACUUCUUUCCUUUAAACUCGCUGAUCUUAUGUUCGUAUUCAUAGUCAGAUCUUAUAUAAAGGCUUCCUUAAAUUUAUCUUUAGACGCUUUAGGUGUCGAUAUAUUGCAUCAACCGCCAUGUGUUUUUGCAAAAUUCAUGAGACACGUCCGAUUAGUUGUUGUCAUAUCCGGAAGAAGAAACUGUUUUAAAUUUAUAACUGAUUUUUAAUAAUGUUGAUAAUCAAUUUAAAACAAUCGAUCACAUCUAUUUUAUAGCUUAGUAUAGUAAAGCUAGUUUAUUUGUUCAGACAUCCACAUUUCGACUAAGUAGUAUUAUAGUAAUAAAGGUAUGCGCUAAGUCUGCACUUUAGCUAGAUAUCAUAAAACAUGUAUCAUUCCUUCUCUGGCACAUCAUACAUUGGUAUUACUAAGUAUACGUUUACUUUCUUUUUAAAUCAUGCGAAACAAUGCAGAAACAAACUCGAUAUCGAAUUCUAAAGUUUGAUAUAGUAUGCUUAGACUGUAGUAAAAGUAAAAAAAAAAAAUUUAAAGAAAAGAGAAAGAAAAGAUUAAAUUACGUGAAUAUUAUAGAAUUUAUCUAAAGAGAUAUAUUUAAGGAAACCUUAAAUAUAAGACCUGACUAUAAAUACA